UUCUUGUACAAAGCUCUUACUACAACUGCCCGCCAUUUUCUAACGCGGACGAGAGACAGCCAUGAAAAGUCCCACCUCACACCACCCUCGCCGCCGGUGGGACCUCUCUAGCUCCGGCUCAGCUGGGUCCGGAACUCCCGACCGACCAAGUAUUUCCCCGACGUCUACCUACUCAUCAUCCUCUAAUUCCUCCAACACUAAGUCAAACUCCGACAAGAACCCCGUCAAGGUCGCCGCCAGGACGUUCGCCGGAGCCUUCAUCGCUUGCUUCACUCCUCCGGAGAAAGUCGAUACUAAUAAUAGUUUAGGCAGCUUUGAUGCUUCUUCCGGUUCUGGCAGUGAGACGAGACGUCGAGGCAUUUAUGCCACUUCAAACAAUUCGACGCACGCCAGAGGGUCCGGGAGAGUAAAAUUCACUGUGGAUGAAAUCUACAAGGCGACCAAGAAUUUCUCCCCCACCUUGAAAAUUGGACAGGGUGGCUUUGGGACAGUCUACAAGGGCCGACUUGAAGAUGGAAAUCUCGUCGCUAUCAAGCGUGCUAAAUCGGGUGUACAUGACAAGAAUUCUGGAGCUGAGUUUCGAAGUGAGGUACGAACCCUGGAGAAAGUGGAGCAUCUAAAUCUAGUCAAGUUUUAUGGAUAUUUGGAGCAUGAGGAGGAAAGGAUUAUUGUUGUUGAAUAUGUUCCCAAUGGAACCCUUAGAGAACAUUUAGAUUGUAUGCAAGGGAAUGUACUUGAAUUCGCUGCCCGACUUGAUGUCGCAAUAGACGUGGCUCACGCUGUUACAUAUCUGCAUAUGUACACAGAUCACCCCAUCAUCCACAGAGACAUCAAAUCCUCCAAUAUUCUCCUCACUGAAAAUCUUCGAGCUAAGGUAGCUGACUUUGGCUUUGCAAGGCUGGCAGCCGACAGUGAAGCCGGAGAAACACACGUUUCAACUCAAGUUAAAGGAACUGCUGGCUACUUGGAUCCUGAAUAUCUGAAAACCUUCCAACUUACUGAGAAAAGUGAUGUUUAUUCAUUUGGGGUGCUGCUGGUGGAGCUGGUCACAGGCAGGCGCCCCAUUGAGCCAAAACGCGAAUUAAAAGAGCGUAUAACAGCUAGAUGGGCAUUGAAGAAGUUCACUGAAGGAGAUGCUAUAUUGACUUUGGAUCCGAGACUUGAAAGAUCUGCAGCAGCUAAUUUAGCCAUAGAAAAGAUUCUUGAAUUAGCCUUGCAAUGUCUGGCUCCUAAUCGACGCAGUCGUCCUUCAAUGAGGAAGUGUGCAGAGAUACUGUGGGGUAUCCGCAAGGAUUACAGAGAACUAUUAGACUCGGAUCGCUCUUCUGAUUCUCAGAGCAGCUAUACCAUCAGAGGAGAUUGAGCAGUAUAUGCAUAAAUAUGAUUCCUGGCCACAAUUUUCGUAUAGAUCUUCCACUUUUGAUCAGAUUAAGUUGCAAUCUGUAAAUGCCAAGAAAAUUCCUUUUCAUUUCUUUUGAAAAGCCGAUAAUCACCACAAAAUCUAGGUAGCGUGGCCAAUGAAGAAAUUUUCAUCAUCCGAAAUUUGGCCAUAUUACAUGAUUUUUAUAAUGUUUUCAAUUUUUCGCUUUGUGUAAAUUCAGCUUACGGAAAAAGAAUCAACAAGUGUGUAAUUGCCCUUUAAAUUCUAGUACAUAUUGUUUUUAUC